UUUAUGUAUCAUGCAUUGCAUAAUAAAGAGGAGGGACAUUUUUGUGGUACAGAAAGAAGGGGAAAAAGUACUCCGCCAAAUAAAAUUAGUGAUGAAAGAAUAGAAUUUGUAAAAGAACACAUCAAGUCUUUUCCACGCGUUCCGGGACAUUACACACGUAAAGAUUCAAAUAGAGAAUACCUUGGUGCUGAUCUGAAUAUUACAAGAAUGUAUGACCUUUACAAACAAAAGUGUGCAGAAUGUAAAUAUGAACCUGUGAAGAGUCAAAUGUACAGAAAAAUAUUCAAUGAAGAAUUCAAUAUUUCAUUUCAUAUUCCAAAAAAGGAUAAAUGCAAUGUGUGCUCAAAGUACGAGAUGGCAGAAAGUGAUGGCACACUUACUGAAAAUAUGAAACACAAUUACAAUCUCCACCAAAAAAGAAAGGCUAUAGCCAGAGAAGAAAAGGACAGAGACAAACAAGAGUCCAAACACCAACCAAAACUUCAUGUUUGUGCAUUUGAUUUACCGGCAGUGUUGUACACACCUUGCUCAUUAGUAAGUGUGAUGUACUAUAUGAGAAAGUUAUGCGUGUAUAACUUAUCUGUAUAUUCUUUAAAAAACGGGGACGGAUCUUGUUAUUUGUGGACAGAAACAAACGGCAUGCGAGGAUCAAGUGAAAUCGCAACCUGCUUACGACUGUAUUUGCUCGCAUUGCCAACACAAGUGGAACAUGUCAUAUUAUAUUCUGAUGCAUGUACAGGCCAAAAUAGAAAUCAGAUCAUGGCCUCAGCACUCCUUCAUUUCGUCACACACAAUAGAAACAUAAAAACAAUCGAUCACAAAUUCCUGGAGAGUGGGCACACUCAGAAUGAAUGUGACAGUGUUCAUUCAGCUGUCGAGUUUGCUAAGAAAAAAAUUAAAAUAUAUGUUCCGAGUCAGUGGGACACCGUUAUAACUAUGGCGCGACGACGAGAUCCAUACCAUGUAGUUCCACUUAGAUACUCAGAUUUUCUUGAUUACAAAGAUGUAAAGAAGAACCAAAUUAAGGUCCAGACUAACGCUCGAGUAAAGGUGUCAUGGAUUCAGAUUCGACACAUGCGUUUUGUGAAAGACUUGCCCGAUACUAUGCUGUUCAAGAACGAUCUUAGGGAUGAUUUUACAGCUAUAAAGAUCGCAAGGGACGUCAAACUCAACGAGGUUGUACCCAACAAAUACAGACAGAGACUCCCUGUCUCUGCAGCUAAGAAGAAAGACUUAAUGACAUUGUGUAAGAAUGGAGCAAUUCCUAAAGAUUAUCAUGAGUAUUACAAAAACUUACCAUCAAGUGCCACAGUGAAGGAUAGAUUACCAGAGUCAGAUGUAGAGGAAUCUGAUGGUGAUGAAUCAGACAACUAACCGAACAUCAAUGGUUGCUUAACUAUUGUAUAUAAAAGUAUUGACUGCAGAAGCGAUUCAUAAACCUAAAGAUUAUUAUUAAGAUCUAGUCAUAAUUUUAAAAGACUAUGAAAUUUAGUGAUAAAUGACAAUCUUUUGAGCAUGAAGUGAAAAGGGAACUAAACGUUGCACAAGAUUUGAUGUCAAAAUAAUUCUAUGUCUAUUAAGAAAUGUAAAUCUCCAAGCAAGGAACAUUGUGAUAGUUUUUGAGUUUGAUGGUAUAUGAGAACUGGUUUAAUGACACGGAAUCUAGGAUUAGAUUUUGUUGAAACAGUAUGGUUUGAUGCCAUAUGAAGACUCUAUAAGACUAAAUGACCUAAUGUUCUUUGUCAGUAUGACACCAAAAUAUGCUACAACAACUGUAUAUGUCAUAUAUUUUAACAAAUAACAUAAACAGAGUGGUGUUAUAACUUUGUUAUACUUAUAAUCAUUGCUACACAAUAAUUUCAUUUAAUGUGUAAAAUAGUUCGUAAAAGACGUUGUUAUACACAUUUUAAAAUAUACUGUUGUCUCGAAAUGUUUGGUGGAAAAAACAAGUAUUCUGAUAUAACCUU